CUCGCGUGGAUUACAAAUAACGUGCUUGUGUAGUUUUGCUUUAUUUACAGCUGUUUCAGCGGUGACGUGAUGCAGAAAUCUCAUCUUUAGUGCUUUUUAAGCUUUUCUUUGGUCAGCCCCAUGAACACGUCCGAAGAAGCCUUGCAGGCCCGCGUGAAGGCGCUGGAGGAGGAAGUUGAGCGACUGAAGGCUCAGCUGAGAGGAAAGAGCGAUGGAGAGCAGAGCACCAAGGGGACGAUGCUGGCCUCGAAGGCCCAGGAGGACAGAAGGAGCAGUAAGAAAGGGAAGAGGGCAUUCGACUUUUCCGCACACCCGCGGCGCCACGUUGCGCUGCGCCUAGCGUACCUGGGCUGGCAGUACCAGGGAUUCGCUGUGCAGGAGAACACGGACAACACGGUGGAGGCGCGAGUGUUUGAGGCUCUGCUGAAAACAAAGCUGAUCCAGGACAGGCAGAGCUCCAAUUACCACCGCUGCGGUCGCACGGAUAAAGGAGUCAGCGCUUUCUCACAGGUCAUAUCCAUUGACCUGCGCUCGAGUCAGUUCAGUGGUUUGGGUGUGACCGUUCCUGCUGGGGUCGAACCUAAAGCCGGCAGUGGAGCUGCGACGGCCGAGUUGCCUUACAUAAAGAUGCUGAACAGAGUCCUUCCUCCAGACAUCCGGGCUCUCAGCUGGUCUCCGGCGCCCAGCGGCUUCAGCGCACGCUUCGACUGCCAGUCCCGAACCUACCGGUACUACUUUCCCCGUGGGAACCUGGACGUAGAACUCAUGGCUGAAGCAGCCAAACGAUAUGAAGGCACGCAUGACUUCAGGAACUUGUGUAAGAUGGACGUUGGUAACGGAGUUCUGCAGUUCCAGAGGACGAUCGCGUCGGCUAGUGUGCGGCCGUGUGAACCCGAUCACCCCUCACCCACCGACCCUCAGCGCCUUUACGUGUUCGAGGUCAAAGGUCUCGCCUUCCUGUACCACCAGGUUCGUUGCAUGAUGGCCGUGCUGCUUCUAAUUGGCCAGAAGCUGGAAGCACAAGAGAUCAUCAAUCAGUUACUGGAUGUUGCGAACAAUCCCAGGAAGCCUCAGUACAGCAUGGCAGUGGAUUACCCACUGGUGUUGUACGAGUGCCAUUUCGACGGCCUGAGUUGGAUUAGCGAGCCUGAAGAGGACAGCCACGUGCUCGGCUCUCUUCUCCAACACUGGACUCAGACUGCGGUCAAAGCUCAGGUGUUGCACGGCAUGAUCCACGGCCUGCAGAGCACAGACACGGAUGAAGCACAGAUUAUGCAGUGUUGCCUCAUGGAAGGAUCCAGACAGCGCAACUAUCGCCCCUUGCUGGAGCGGCCGUGCUGCGAGAGUCUGGAAUCGCGGAUCCAGCACUUCGUGAAGAGAGGACGACUCGAGCGAGAGGAAGGAGAGAGCGGGGAGGAGGGCAGCACCGUCUUCAGGGGCAAGAGGUCGAAACGUUCGCAUCAAGCAAGCUCCACAAAUCAAGAAGAAGCAGAAGAGAACCUCCCGAGCCAAAAGAACAUUCCUUUACAUCUCUCGUAAUAACCAUUUAUCAAAUUUAUUUUUAAGACGCACACCUGAUGAAAAAUAAGACGAUCGGUCUCUCUCUUGUGUUCGUCGCAGCUUUUGUUACAAGGCUUCGAAACACAGAAGUCGGUGGGGCGAUGCUUAUGUUCAAUCCAAUCAUCCAAUCACACACUUGAUUGUAGUGGGUUCUUCCCACUUCUUCAACUUGAUGACUUGAAAUCAUUUACUAUUCUAGAUCAGCAACAUCUUAUGAAGGCAUAACUGUGCUAAUGAUAGCCAGCUAGCAGGUUGGUUAGCUAGCUAACUAAUGUUUUCUCUCCAGCAGUUUCGGUUAAGUAGCUAGCUCACUAAGAAAGCUAGCUAAGGUUGGGCGAACUUGUAUUGCAUAAUAAAAAAUGCCCGCUCUGGAGGAUCAGGACAUAUUAUUGACAUAUUGCUUAUUUUUUGAAAAAAAUAUUUUUUUUUUAAAUUGUGUAUUUACUUUUAAGGUUUUAUUUGUACAUCUCUUAACAUCAUUUUCAGCUGUGUGUAUUUUCAGUUGGAUUAAAAUGUUUUGAACUGACUCUGUUACUAGUUAUGCUUUAUUCAUAAAGGCAAAAAAAAAGAACACUUGAUUCAAUAAAAUAGACUCAUCAUCAUUUUAAUCACUUUAGCUUUGCUUGACUUAAAGGAGCAGCAUGUAAUUUUAGAACUCUCGAUUACCUGUAAAUUAUAACUGCAAUGGAAAAAAAUUACCUUUUGAAAAAGCCUUAAAAACUAUUUUUAGUGAAGAGGCAAAAGAGGGCUGCACUGUUCAGGUUGGAGGCUGAGCAGUUUUCUGGGCUGGAAAAAAAUAUCAACAGAGGCAAGAAAAUGCAGAUACGUUUUAUGGAAACGUUACCGUUUUUCCCCUCAAUUUCUUCCAGUUUUAGUCAUUGCAAAGUCACACAAUUCUAAUGUAAUUCUCAAAUUAUAUAAUUACAGGGCUGGAAACACUUUCAAGGGGGAAAAAUACAAAUGGCUGCUUUAAGUUCCAUUUUUAAACUGCAUUCACACACAAGAUAGUUCUUGUAUUGCUUUAAAGACAAGGAACUGACCGACACGUUCAGUGCUGUUUAUGGAAGGAGUCUCCAGUGUCAGAGGCAGAACAGGAAAAUCUUUAGGAUGGCGGAGUUUACUCGUUCCACGUUUCUUGGUAACAAACUGUUUUCUUGUUGUUUUUGUUUUUUAAACUAAAGUGAAGGUAUGACUGCAGCUGUAUCAAAAGUGAGAACAGGACUUUUUUUUUUUUUUUGAAAGUAUCCCUGUUGACGAAAAUAAUAGAAAUCAUUGCAGAAAUUCUAAUGGUUUACUCUACAAAUACCAUUACAAACCACCAGCUGUUAAGAGAUUAAGAGCUUAGACAUAACAUGCCACCAGUAGAAGGCAACAAAUUACCAGCAGAGAUCUAUAGGGAACAUUACAAAUUAUAUGAGGAUUUCUAUUUAGUUUUGGUGGUUUUUCAUCAGGGGUUUUUUAUUAAAGUGUUUAAGGUCAAAUCAACAUCUUUAAAUCCAACCGACGUUUGAGGCGCCUGUGAAAGUUUCCACAAAUCAUUCCUCACGUAUUAGCAAUGUUAGCAUUGUGGAGUAAACAACAUUGUGUACAUUUCAUACGUGUAUUUAUUUAUUUUAACUCGACUGUUGUUUUUUUUUUUUUUGCCUAACUAUUAGGCAACUCAUUUACUUCGAACAUGAUUUGGUGUU